GAUGCUGCUCACGUGGCCCACAGCAGCAGUCAUAUGACUGUUCGUCUUGUUCAAGCAGAACAGCCGUUGUGGACGUCGAAGUUACUGCUACAAAGAAGUGAUUGGAGUUCAGUAAUGAUCGCCGGUGGUUUGUUGAUGUGUUUGCUGGCCGUGUUUCAGCUCGGCUCGCGGGCUCAGUACGCUCCUGAUGAGGUGACCUACCUGCCAGGUAUGAAGUUCAAACCGAACUAUCGACAGUGGUCGGGAUUCCUCCAGGCACGGCCCGGAAAGUAUCUCCAUUAUUGGUUUGUGACUUCUCAAAGAGACCCGGUCAAAGACCCUCUGGUGCUCUGGCUGAACGGAGGCCCAGGCUGCAGCUCGCUUGAUGGAUUCCUGUCAGAGAAUGGACCAUUUCAUGUCAAUGAUGACGGGGCCACACUGUAUGAGAACACAUUCAGCUGGAACAAGAUUGCCAAUGUGCUGUACCUAGAAUCUCCUGCAGGUGUGGGAUAUUCCUACUCUGAUGACCAAAAGUACGCCACCGAUGAUGACCAGGUCGCUGAUGAUAAUUACAAAGCCCUCCAGAGUUUCUUUGCUAAGUUCCCAAGUUUCACUCAAAAUGAGUUCUUCAUCUUUGGGGAAAGUUAUGGUGGAAUUUAUGCACCCACCCUCAGCCUGCGCGUGGCUACUGGAGCUGUCAAAAUCAACUUCAAGGGCUUUUCAGUGGGAAAUGGCCUCAGCAGUUUUGCUCUCAAUGACCAAACUUUGGUCUACUUUGGUUACUACCACGGCCUUUUUGGAGAAGAUUUGUGGCGUGAUCUGAACAUAAAUUGCUGUGACAAGGGAAACUGUAACUUUUACAACUCCAGUUCAGAGACCUGCAAGACUCUGGUGAAUGUGGCCUUUGGUAUUGUGUAUAAUAGCGGACUGAAUGAGUAUGCCCUUUACUUGGAUUGUGAGGUUGGCAGAAGAUCCCACAGAGGCUACGAGAGGACCAUGAGUCACCUGUUUAAGAACUACAAGAAACACCCCCACACCAACAAGGUUUCAGAUGGAGUUUCUUCCUCCGUGUCUCUGGGUGAAGUCCCUCCCUGCAUCAACAGUACGGCUCAGAUUAACUGGCUGAACAGAGGCGAUGUGAGGAAAGCUUUACACAUUCCAGACACACUGCCACCAUGGGACCUCUGCAGUGAUGACGUUGGAGAGCAAUACACCAACCUGUACCCAACAGUGAAGGAGGUGUAUCUGAAGCUGCUCUCUCUGGGCCUGCGGGCACUCGUCUACAACGGAGACACUGACAUGGCCUGCAACUUCCUGGGAGACCAGUGGUUUGUGGAAGACCUCGGCCUGAAGGCAACCACUAAGUACCAGACCUGGCUUCAUGAUGACCAGAUUGCUGGUUAUUACCAACAGUUUGGAAACAUCACUUUCCUGACAGUCAAGGGUGCAGGGCACAUGGUUCCUCAGUGGGCUCCGGGUCCAGCUUUCCACAUGUUCCAGUCUUUCAUAACAAAUGGCUACUACUGAGCCAUGAUGGAGACUGCUGUAUGUAAUAUACCUGCACUAGUCACUUGUUAGACGGUACAUUUUCUCAGGGAAGAUGAUUUUGGAGGGAAAAGGAUUAUUAGGGAACUUGUUUUUUAUCAUCUAUAUUGUUCAGAGUACCUGCAGUGAAGUGUGUUGAGUAUUUGGAGAUGGACACAUUAUGUUAUUGGCUUUGCUCUGCAUCACCUUGAAUUUCAAAAUCUAACAAAUAAAGUGCCAGCGUUAAGGAUGUUUUCAUAAAUAUUGAGCUUAUAGUGUAGGAAUUAAAACCCUUUUUAGACAAUGGCCCAAUCCCAAAGUGAGCCCUGAGGACUAAGGACUAAAGACUCAUAGACUUCAUUGAUCUCAGGUGCUAAGAGAGUGAGUGUGUGAGGCCACAUGGGCUCAGAUAGGUAUAAAUGGGAUUGGGACAGGACUUCACAAGAUCACGUUACUGUGGCGACGUUUAAUAACAAAGAUGUUGCUGACACUUGUCCGGUUUGGGAAUUUUCAUUUUAAGUUUGUUGCUUUACCAAAUUUUUUCAAACUCUUGUUUUACAAGCUGGACAACAGGUUGGUCUGUGUUCCUUGGUUGUGUGUCGUGCUGUUGUUUACCUUAGCAAUUUCCGGAUUUCCCUAUGGUCUCCUCUUCACUUGUAUUUCUUUUAAAUGUUUUGAACUGCCAGUGACAUGGAUUGCCAGAUGUAUUCACAUGUCUUUACUGUAGUAAUUUAUUGGAAUCUCACAGGUUUAAGUAUUUUCAUUAAAACCUGCCAUGAACUACA